UGCGGGCUCCCCGGCUGGGCCGGAGCUUUCCCUUGGUUCCCUGCCCCGCGAAUAGCAGCGUGAUGGCCGCACUGACUGUCCCCGAGCCGCCGCAGGCCCAGCGGCCAGGCAGGCCGGGAGCCAGGCAGGCGGCACGUAGCCCGUGGGACGCCAGGAGAUUAUUUGCUCUGUGGACUCUGGAAGCUUCAGUGUAGCGGUGGGGCCCAGUGAAAAUCAGAAGGACACCUUAAAGCUGUUAAAACAUGGCCUCAAAAAGAGCCUUAGUGAUUCUGGCUAAAGGAGCAGAGGAGAUGGAAACGGUUAUCCCCACUGAUGUUAUGAGAAGGGCUGGAAUCAAGGUGACUAUUGCAGGUUUAACAGGAAAAGAUCCAGUGCAGUGUAGUCGAGAUGUCUUCAUUUGUCCUGAUGCCAGUUUAGAAGAUGCCAGAAAAGAGGGGCCUUAUGAUGUGGUGGUCCUGCCAGGUGGUAACCUAGGAGCUCAAAAUUUGUCCGAGUCUCCUGCUGUGAAAGACAUUUUAGUGGACCAGGAGAACAGAAAAGGCCUAAUUGCUGCUAUUUGUGCAGGUCCCACUGCCCUGAUGGCACAUGGGAUAGGGUUUGGGAGGAAAGUUACAACACACCCUUUGGCCAAAGAUAAAAUGAUGAAAGGAGAUCACUACAAGUACUCUGAAAGCCGUGUGGAAAAGGACGGGAACUUUCUCACCAGCCGUGGUCCUGGCACCAGCUUUGAGUUUGGCCUGGCUAUUGUUGAAGUACUGAUGGGGAAGGAAGUGGCUGAUCAAGUGAAGGCUCCUCUUAUAUUGAAAGAUUAGUACAAAAAUCUUGAUGAAGGGGAGGAGAGGGAGAACACAAACUGAGAUGGAAAGUUUCUUGUUUCUCUUCUUAAGAAUAACCAAAAAGCUAUGUUCUGCAUCAAAUCUAUUUGUGAGGUGAACUCGUUUAGCACAACAUUGAUGUGACUAGCAGUCACGUUUAUAUUAGGAACUGGAAUAAUUCACAGGCCAAUGGUUUUUGUUCUUAAAGAAGCUGACUUAAAUGGAUCUGGUAGCUAAUGAAACUUCUGCUCUAGAAAGAUCUGUGAAUGUAAACAAUAGUGUUAUCCGUUUAAUAGUUUUUGUUCAUCUGAUUCUGAAGCUUGUUUGCUUGCUUAAAUAAAAAGGAAAGGAAAUCUGUUAAAGUCGA